AUGUAUGAUUUGCAUAUUCUGUUAUUCUUUGGAGUUACAUGGAUUCAAGUACAUGAUACCGGGGUUAAACAAUUAUUUUUAAAAUACCCUACUCAGAAUCAAAUUUUAAUAUGCUGUGAUGGUGCCUCCAAAGUAACUCCAGGUCUAGAAGGAAUUGGAUUUAUUGCAAGAAAUCAAUAUAGAGAUUACAUGGGAGCAGCUUCAGGUGGAUUAGGGAUUGCAACAAAAUACUUAUCAGAAGUCAUGGCAUUGAUAGUUGCUGGUGAGUGGGCUAUCACAAAACAAUUGGUAGAUGUAUGCUUUAGUUUGGAUUCAAAAGCUGUAAUGCUGGAUUUCAUGAACAACAAGGUUCCUUGGAUAGUUGUGAACAGAUGGAUUAAGAUGUGUAUUCCUGCAAUAUCGUUUAGGGACUCUUAUAGAGAGGUAAAUUUCUCAGCUGACACAGUGGCAAAGAGAGGUGUAUUACUCAGCAGGGGGCAGGUGCAGUACUAUGAAGAAAAGCCUACAUGGCUAGGGGACCUGGAGAAUGAAGAUGCUUUAUAUUUUAGAUGA